AUGAUUCAAAACUGAUAGUUUUUGCAUAAAUACAUUCAUUAAAGAACUAAUUUACUCCAUAAACAUUUACCCAGUUAGAACAAGAUGGAAGAAAAAAUAAGAUUUGUACUGCAUACUCUGAUAGUACUCUGGUACAUCAUAGCUUCAGUAUGGGCCGUUUUCCUCAGCGAUUUCGAAAAUGUUACCGACGACAGAGUUUUAGACAUGCAAAAAUACGGCGGUAGAUACUUCACAACGUGGAAUUUCCUAAUCCAUUUAAUUUAUUUUGCAAGUGCCCUAGUUGAAGAUUUUCUUUCGAAUUAUACACCUUGUAAAUCCUGUUUGGAGAUCAUAGCCGAAGUGAAGGGAUAUAUGUUCACCACUUUUUUGGUACCGUUUACAACUUAUGUGUUUACAGUGUUUUGGUCACUGUUUAAAUACGACAGAGAGUUGGUAUUCCCUGAAGCAACUGACGAGGUGGUACCUUGGUGGUUUAAUCAAACUGUACAUACAAUCGUAUUCGCCUUUAUGGUAUUAGAAUUUUAUUUUACUGAAAGGAAUGUUCAACAUAAGUGGAAACAUAUUCUGGUUGGAUUCACCAUAAGUAUUAUAGCCUACUAUUCCUUGUUUUUCUACACUAAAUCAAAAACGGAUCGAUAUUUUUAUGGUUUAUUCCACCAACUUGCACCUUGGCAAAUUGUUUUAUUCCUCAUAGCGAGCUAUUUCUUCGGUUUAAUAACCAUUCAAAUUGGGAUUUAUAUCCAGCAACUGGUACAGAUGACUAAAAAUCCAGUUAUAAUAAACAAAGGAAACAAUUCUAAUCAAAGUGAACCUGUAUAUAAUAGAAAAACGAAUAAAAAACAUAUAUCCUAAUAA